GUUUCCAGGUAAAGAACAUAGAGACAUUUAACAGCAUUAACAACUUUUGAAACGUUGCACAUCUGCUCAUAAGAUGAGCGGGGGUGGAGCCCCUGAUUUUUUCUACAGAGAGGCCCACCGACUUGGCUAUGUGGCUCGCUCUGCAUUCAAGCUGAUGGAGAUACAGAAACAGUAUAAAGUUAUAAAACCUGGUGCAUCGGUCUUGGACUUAGGAUGUGCUCCCGGUGCUUGGCUACAGGUUGCUUGCCAGAACUUGGGCCCCUUGACCAAGGGUGGGGCAAUCAUUGGGGUUGAUGUAAAGAAGGUGAAGGUGCCUACAGCUCACUGUGAUGGCCGUGUACAAACAUUUUGCGGGGAUGUGAUGAAACCUGUAUCUGAACAGUUAAGAGGACUUUUACCACAGGGCAAGGGCUAUUCAGUUAUUUUGUCAGACAUGUGUCCUCCAGUAUCCGGAAUAAGAGCAAAAGAUACAACCCUUUCCUGUGAAUUGGGUAUGCGAGCACUUACUUUGGCUUUGGGUGAAAUCCGUUUGGCAGCUGCAAAGAAAGCAGUUGAUAGCUCUUUAGAAGCUGAAGAAGCUCCUGUUUAUUUGGAACCUGAUGCUCGGGAAGGCAUGCUCCAAUCUGGUGGAAAUCUUGUCAUUAAGCUUCUUGAAUGUGAAGAAAGCCAGGGAUUCCCUAAAUUUUGCAAAGAGCAUUUUAAAAAGAUAUCGUGGUUGAGGCCAAAGGCAACUCGUUCUUCUUCAACAGAGAUAUACUUGAUUUGUAAAGAUUUGAAAUGAUCAUUCAACUAGAGGGUUUUGAGUGUUUGACAAAUGCAUAGUUGGCAAAAAUUGUCUUCAUUUAGGUUAGGUUUGGCAAUUCGGCAAGUGCAGGGAGGGCAGGUAUAAAUUUAGUUUUGAAAGUGCAUUUCUUUCAAAUGCUCCUUUCUACCUUGAUGUUGCACCACAUUGUAAGACUAACAAACUUAAAUUAUGGUGAGAGACCUGGAAGAUGCUAAUUGUCUCUGCUGUAGUACAUAAGUUGGAAAUGAAAGACCUAUUUCUUUGGAAACUUGCACAUAGCUCACCUUCAUAUCUCGUUAUGACUUAAAAAUAAAUACUUGCUUCUUAUGAUAUAGUCCCAAA